UUUUUAGCAUAUUUUUUUUCCUUAAUAACAAAAAAUGUUUCACUAUUUUAUUCGAAAUAUAACUACAGGUCCCAACAUGGCUUCACAGCACAGAAGCGGGAAGCGCGUGCCAGCAGCACAGGACGCUUUGGACGCGUUCGUAACGACACAAAUACUGGACAAUGGCAUGGACGUGAUUGCAAAAAAGAUCAACGUGCUGCGUGAGAAGUUGCUGCGGUCAGGGAAUGGCGAGGGUGAUGCAGAGACCAAAAAGAAGUGGGCUCGCCAGCUCCAACAUUGGCUCGCGCUAGCUUGCCGUCUACUGGCGAAGCAGCGGCGGCAACUGAACCAUUGUAUCGAACGUGUAGAGAGAGACUAUAGUCGAGGGGAGAUCGGUACCGGACCGGACAAGCAGAAGGAGGCGGAGGCGAAGGAAGAUGCUAAUCUCUACAGCCGCACGUAUGCCCGCCCGCGAGCGGGGAGCUCAUCAACCGCCAAAGCAGCCAUGGAGAGCGACGGCUACAAGGGCGUCAUGAUCCCGAACAAGGAGGACAUUCUAGCUAUAGGUUGCCACGUUGCAGCUAAAGUGGCACGUAGCCACGAACUGUGGAUCAUGGCGCGUGUGGUCAAGUUCAACGCCGACUCGAACACUUACGAGGUGGAGGACGUUGACUCGGGCGACGACGAAGAUGACACUGAUGCGCCGAGGAGACACUACAUCGUACCAUGGCAACAAGUCGUGGAACUACCCGGCGACUCACUACCAGAAGGAACAUGGAUCCAGUACGCUGUGAACGAGCGCGUCAUGGCCAUGUACCCCAACACGACUAGCUUUUUCCGCAGCACCAUUCGUGUGCCAAACCCGAAGGGCGCUCCGUACGUGAUUCUCAAGUUCGACGAAGACGAAGACGAGCACGGCUUCGUGCCGGAUCGGAAAGUGCCAUUCCGUUUCGUGGCUCCGCUUAAACCGUGGCAUCAACAGUGACUAACAAUACUUUGAUGUCGCUGAUCGAGGGUAGUUUUUUGCCUUCGUGCCAUUGCGUCGUACAGUAAUCCUGCCAUAAAGCCAGACUCUCAGCUUAAACAUGUUCCACCGUCCGAGGUUUCUCAUCGUCAGUUUAACGCGAGAACAUGCUCUCCACUUCACAACUUCAGGAUCGCAUGCAUGCAACCGAAACCUUAGACCUCCUUCAACCGUGACUAUCAGAACAGUAAAAACGACAGCCCUACCGGUGUA